AUGACCUCCCCCUGGCAAGCUGUUCUCCCCUUUUCGAGCCAGUCGCCCAAUGGCAUGAAUAUGAACCCAUGUGGCAUGCACCCCAUGUUCGCGUUAGACGUUCCAGGUCCCUUCCCUGCCCCACAACCGACCGAGGCCGACCCUGCAAGGAACAUCUCUCCAACAACCUUUAAAGCAUCCCGUCCGCCGGCCGCCCUGGGGAGGAGACGCUCCGUUCGGAGCAUGAAAAAUCUCCUGCCACUGACACUGCCUUCCAAUUCCCAGCCGACAUCGACCUAUAGUCGGCCCAUUUCGCUGGCAACGCCGCUGUCGUCCCAAAAUCGACCUCCUUCUUAUCAGCCUCACCACCAAAACCACCAACACCACCACUGCCAACAACAACAGCAGCAGCAGCAACAACAACAACACCAUCUUCGUCAUCGCCGUCGCCCCGAUCAUCACUUGAAGCAUUUAUGCAUCCCUCCCGGCACCAUGGUCGAAGCCGCGGAACCGACUAUGGAUUGCAACUUGCCGGAGCUCCUAGCUCAGGACCUCGAGUUCUCUAAUCUCGUAUUUGCCGCCAAGAACAUGACUGCCGGUGCUCCUUCGCCCGAUCUCGCCUCUGACGAAGAAGACUGGCCCUCUGCCGAACCUCCCACCGUAUACGGUGCAUCCUGCCACCCCAAUGGCGUGCCCCAGUUCCAACCCUUGGGUGCCAUUGACGAGAAGAGCUCCGCCAGCGGAGCCAGCGAACACGACCUUUCAGAUGCUGCAUCGAGCGCCAGCGGUGCCUCCUUCAGCGAGGCAGAAUACCAAGACGAUGAUGCUGCCGCCUCACCUCAGAUUCGCCAACAAUCCAUCAUGACCGCCGACACCACCGUCUACGCCGUGAGCGAACCACCAACCAUAGCCUCCCACAGGCGCCUCGUCUCGUUCUGCGACGGGUCAGAAGAACAAGACGACACCGGUAACCCGGAGAGCUGGAUGGAUCUCGAGUCCGAGGGUCCUGCCGACCACCCCGAGCUCGGCAAGAGCCUAGACCAGUCACCAGUUGCAACGCCCAUCAAGCCGGUGCGUCCGCUAUCCCGACUAGGGGAUAAGUCCAUCAACGAGUCCCCGCCCCGUGCGAAGAGCGCCCACGCCGCAACCCGCCGGCUGUCCAACCCGUUUGAUGGGUACACGCGACCCGCCAGCCGGGCGCUGAGUCUACAAGUUGAUCCAACUACGGCCGCUGCCAAGGAGCAGAACCGUUUGUCAUUCGACUCACUACAUUCCAUCGACAUCGCCGUCCCUACACGCACCUCGUCCCUGAAACAUCGUGUCUCAUCUGGCGAAGAAGCUCGCAAGUCCAUCGCGUCGCGUUCGCGGGCUCGCUCACAUACCUCUUCCUCCCGUGCAGGGUCCGACCAUGUCGUGGCGCCAGGGGCGAACAGGAGUUCCAUUAUUGCUGAUCUCAAGGAGGAAUUAGAGCCAUGGUUCCGCUACAUAGAUGACCAUGAAGGUCUCGCUCCUCCUCUCCUCAUCACUCCUCGACCAGUGCAGCGCUCAACAGAAACCCCGAGGUCAGUCCCGACACCUCGACCGAGAUCCCAAGCCCAAAACAGGUCCCGCCCAACAUCUGCCGCGAGCGCCUCGUACGCCUGGCUCGAGAAUCCGGCCGAGAUGCACUCCACCUCAUCCGACGACAACCGCCGCAUUCCUUUACCUCCCAAUGUGAUCGAAUCCCUCCGCAUCUCAGUGACUUGUUUCCCCGAGACCAUGCUCCUCAGCUCCAGCCUUUCCAUUGAGACCAUCCGCAACUACUCUCGCAAGAUCCGGCACCCGGUGCAGGAGCCCAUCCGCCCCGAAACGCCACCGGCGUCGCCGAAACGGUGGAAAUGGCUGGCGUCGCGCCGCAACAACGUAAACCCUUCUCGCCACUGCAGCCGCACCCCGUCGUCCUCCAACGUGGAUUUGGCUUCCAUGCCACCGUCGACGGCGACACUUACGCCACCGCAGUGGUCCCGCAUCCGCAACCUCUUUCCUACGGGGUCCGACUACCUGUGCGAUGCGCUCUACGCGCACAUCGUCGCGUACAACUAUCUUCUGCCACUGGCGCAGAGUGCGGCCCGGCCGGUGACGCCAGCAACACCUGAGACCUCGCCCGGCGGUACGGACGACUCCAUCCCCAAGAAGGCCGCCUUCCUCCUCGGUCUACAUGGACUGCAAGAGACGACGCCGCCUCCGCCGCCGCCACCCCCAAGACCGCUACGCAAACGCUCCAGCAUGUUCCUCAGCCUACGGGGCACAGCGUCACGACAGUCCUUCAUGCCUUCAAUACCCGCGACGCCCGCCCCGGCCCCCGAAAUACCCCUACGCGAUCUCCUAAUCGGACUGAGGCGGUGCAUCGCGCGCCUCGUGGCCACGUUGCGAGCCGAGGCGUCGGACGGCCUGCUCGCAGGGGACCCUGUUAACGAGAUAGACCCGCUCAUCAUGAGAUCCCUCUGUGAGAUUGUCAGGUGCUGCGAGGACACGCCUGCCAAUGAUCGAGCUAUAUGA